AUGCUCGCCACGGCAGUGCCGUUGAGAUACCUGCAUCGAGAAGUUCAGUCAGCGAUGCGGGCCAUCUCAUGCAUAACCUUAGCCUCACACCUUCGACGAAGUAUCGACGGGCAUCCCGAAACUCCUUCGGUACUUUUCUGCUUAUUCCCAGAUCUCCCCGUGCUUCAAGGGCUUCUCUGGGACCAGGUGCUCCUGGUGCCUGGUGCCCUGAGAGACAUCCUCGCUUCCCAAGUUCAGGAAUUGGCCAAGGAGCAAGUCAAAGCGGCCAAGAACAUGGCGUUCGCAUUCGACAUACUUCUCCACGACGAUCAAAUCAUCCCUGAGUCUCGUCGAGUGAUGGAGCUCCACAACGGGGAUAAUGAGCUCGGAAUCAAAAUCCCUUAUAUCCUCCUUACCAACGGUGGUGGCAAGACAGAGGUGGGCCGCGUAGAGCAAAUAUACAAUAUCCUAGGCUCUCCCAUCUCCACCACCCAAUUUAUCCAAUCUCGUACCCCCAUGCAGGCACUGGCGGAAUAUUACGAGACCGUAUUGGUUGUUGGUGGUGAGGGUUUCAAGGCACGUGCCGCCGCAGAGGCCCUACGGAUUCAAAAACGUCGUCGUCCCCAAGGACAUCGUCGCCUGGGACCCCAGCAUUUCUCCAUGGAGAAACUUCAGUGA